CACGUGUACAGGGAAGUAGGAAGUAAAUACAGAGGAGUCGAGGUGCCUGUGGCAGCUGUCGGGCACCAUGUUAGUCGACUAUAGCCCCGUGACUCAGGCCCUACUGGGGACUCUGUUCACCUGGGGCCUGACCGCUGCUGGAGCCGCCCUCGUCUUCGUCUUCUCCAGCCGACAGAAACGCAUCUUAGAUGGAAGUUUGGGUUUCGCUGCUGGGGUGAUGCUCGCUGCUUCCUAUUGGUCAUUACUGGCGCCGGCGAUCGACAUGGCCGAGGAUUCUGGGAAGUACGGCUCGUUCGCCUUCGUGCCCGUGGCCGUGGGAUUCGCUCUCGGCGCCGCCUUUGUGUACCUCGCCGACCUGGCCAUGCCCCUGCUGGGCGUAGGGACCGACCCCCACACCGCCUUGGCUCUUCCCCCCGACUCCAAACUGGACAAAGACAAAGCGGAGGGGCCCUCGUUCCUGCCGUCCGACCCUGAGGAGAUGAGCAUCAGGAUAGGUAGAGCUGGACCUCUUUCAGACAAGAUCGAGAACGGCGAUGUGCACCAGAGGAGGAAAGGACCCCACUCCAGCAGCUCAGAGGGACAGGAAGCAGGGAGUAGACAACAGGAAGUGGCGAGGCAGGCGGCAAACAGCUGGAGACGCAUCCUCCUCCUCAUCCUGGCCAUCACCAUCCACAACAUCCCAGAGGGCUUGGCAGUGGGGGUCGGGUUCGGUGCCAUUGGAAAGACGUCAUCUGCCACUUUCGAGAGCGCCAGAAACUUGGCCAUCGGUAUUGGCAUCCAGAAUUUCCCAGAAGGCCUGGCGGUGAGCCUGCCGCUGCGGGGCUCAGGGGUUUCAACAUGGAGAGCCUUCUGGUUCGGCCAGCUCAGCGGCAUGGUGGAGCCCGUCGCUGGGCUGCUCGGUGCCGUCGCCGUGGUUUUGGCAGAGCCUCUGCUGCCGUACGCCUUGGCGUUCGCCGCCGGGGCGAUGGUCUACGUGGUGGUGGAUGACAUCAUACCCGAAGCUCAAGUCAGUGGAAACGGGAAGCUGGCGUCCUGGACCUCCAUCCUGGGCUUCGUGGUGAUGAUGUCACUGGACGUGGGGCUGGGCUGAGGUGGCGCCGCCCUCCACGGCUGUGAUGUCACAACGCUGCUGACCUCAAUUUACAACAACAAAAAGGGUGACAAAGUGAAGUGUUUCAUUCCAAAAUGUAAAAAUGUGUCUUGGUGUGAGGAAACUUGUAAUUUGAAAGCGAUCAGUCGACGUUUUGAAACCCCGAUGACUCUAACCUGAUAAACUAUUUUGUAUGCAAAGCUUGAAGAUGAGGUGAUUCACUUUAUUUAAUUUAAUUUUUUUUUUUUUUUUUUUAAACAUGCCAGCAGUCAUUUUUAUGUGUGUCUCUUAUUCGAAUACCAGGUCUUUCACUUUGGAAUGAAGUUACAAAUAUUCUACAAAUAUUCUGUCUUUUUGAGCUUUGCGUGUUUGCUCUUUUUGAAUUGCGAGGUUGCUUCAGUUGAUCUUUAUUAAAUGGUUAUUGUUAAUUUUAAAACAAACUGUCAGCUUUAUAAAAGUCCAUUGAAUGUGAGCUGGAUUUGGCUUGUUUUUUGUUUUUGUUUUUUUUAUGACAUUAUGCAUUCCCUUGUGAUGGAAAUACUUGAAGAGCAGCGUUUGAUUUAUGGGAGUGAAUGAUUUGAUUCUGUUUCUGAUGUUGAUUCAUUUUUUUUCUCCCCCUUUUUAAUUUUCAUUCCUCCCUUUCGGCUGUUGCUGUGUGAUUGUGAAGGGGCUGACUCACACAUCUGCCCUACAAAGGCAAAAGGCAGGAACUACUGAGAGUGUGGAACAAAACACAGCUGAUCUCCUAAAUUCUGCUGUUCAAUAAUUCUCAUACAAGUUAUGACUUUCCUGAAAAACAAAAAAAAAAGGUUAUGCUUUAUCCUCUCUCAUCUGUAGCCGAUUUUUUAAAAAGUUGAGAAAAUCCUCUUAGUGCCUUUUUCCUCUGUAGAGCCCAGAUGAUCCUCUGACUGCCAUCUGAACGUGUCAGCCUGCUGAAUCACCUGCUCUGCUGCUGUUUCUAAAUUAUUUAUGUGCCUGAGUCGACGCAUGGUCAGACAUGAAGCUUUUUUUAUGAUUAAAAGACCAAGUGAUUCUCA